UAGUUUUACUUGCAACUUUCCUUUUUCUUUAUACCUAUAUUUAAAGAAUCGUAUACCUUGAAGUUUCCCCUUUUUAAAUUUCUUUCUGGUUGUGGUGGUUGGAUGUGAUAAGCACAAGAUGUUUACAGAAGGACUGGAUACAGAUGCUGUUAGAUGGGCAAAGGAGGGAUCGGGUAAUCCUAAAAAGGAAAUUCCUCACUCCAUAUCAAAUGAACAAACUCGAAUGGAUUCAAUCUCUUCAAGAAAUGGGACUCGAGGGUUCGGACUGCCUCCACCUUCAAAAUUCAAAAGUGGUCAUCUGCCUGUGGUUGUUCCAAUAUCUCAGGUCUUACCGCGAGAUGAUAUUAAUUCCACUUCUGAAGACAUGUCAACAGAUUCAGACGGAGAGGUGUAUGGUGGACGAUACUCACUAGAUUCCUCUCCCCAAGAUGAUAGAGUUCCCUCCGUUAGUAAUAAGAGGUAUCACGAUCCUGUGCAAAGGCGCCCACAGUAUCAUGUGUACUCUAGUGAUGUGAGCUCUUCGAUUGAGAAGCCUCAGGGAAGAGGGAAAGGGAAUGUGGCUGAUAGAUUAAUGAUGAGGGGAGCUCAUAGGUAUCCUGUUAGAAGCAGUGUAUAUACAGAGGAUGAAUCUGAUGAUUCUGCAGCUAGCUCGGAGUUUUCAAGUACACAAGUAGGGGCCAGCAUUGAGAAUUUGGCUCGUAAAGAUGCUUACACUUCGGAUGGUUAUUCAUCUCAUGUUUCAUCACAGGUCAACAGAACGGAGUUACAUGGUAGAAAUAUCCAGAAACGGCGGUCAUCCAAGGAAGAUUUUCCCAGCGCACCUCCAUUUUCAGGGGAAAUCAAGCAAGAAAUGGAGCAUUCUUCACAUUCUAAGGCGAAAUAUACGUCAUCUAGAGUUGAUUCACAUGAUUCGGCAGCCAAGUCACCUAUAGAGAAGAAGACCCCUGCUGUAGAUUUGAAGGAGAAUCAUAAACAGGAGACGUCAAACCCAUCUAGGAGUGUUGGUGCCAAAACGGCUUCAGUCCCUUUUUCUACUCGUCUUCCCACAUUUCAUGCAAGCUCACUUGGGCCUUGGCAUGCUGUGAUAGCGUAUGAUGCAUGUGUUCGGCUCUGCCUACAUGCUUGGGCAAAGGGUUGCAUGGAGGCCCCUAUUUUUUUGGAAAAUGAAUGUGAUUUGCUGCGAAGAACCUUUGGUUUGCAACAAGUGUUGCUACAGUCAGAGGAAGAGUUGCUUGUUAAGCGCUCUUCUGAAGUUCGUAGUGAAGGGGCUGCCCAAAAAACGAAGAAAAUGGUUGGGAAGAUGAAAGUGCAAGUCCGUAAAGUGAAAAUGGCGUUGGACCCACCUACAGGAUGUAGCUUUUCGUCAAUAAAACCACCAAAAGUGAAAUUGGAAACCGUUCGACGCCACUUUGCUAAUUUACAAUAUAAAGUCUCUUCUGGAUGGCGAGCAGUUCGUAGUAUUCAUUUUGCUCCUCGUGUCCCUGCACAUGGUUCCUUUUCUCGCCAUAGUUUGGCAUACAUGCAAGCAAGUACUCAAUACAUAAAACAAGUUUCUGGCCUUCUUAAAAUUGGAGUCUCAACUCUACGCAGUAGUUCAGCUGGCUAUGAAUUACAAGAGUCAUACUCUUGUCUGCUAAGACUUAAAAGUUCAGUCGAAGGAGAUGCCAUUCGAAUGCAACCUGGUUCUGGUGAAACUCAUAUAUUUUUGCCAGAUAGCCUCGGGGACGAUUUGAUUGUGGAAGUGCAAGACUCUAAGGGAAAUCAUUAUGGUCGUGUCCUGGCCCAAGUGGCCACUAUUUCUGAAGAUCAGAAUGACAAACUACGAUGGUGGUCUAUAUACCGGGAACCGGAGCAUGAGCUUGUCGGCAAAAUUCAACUCUAUAUAAAUUAUACAACAAGUUUAGAUGAGAAUAGCCUCAAGUGCGGUUCUAUUGCUGAAACAAUGGCAUAUGAUCUUGCCAUGGAGGUUGCCAUGAAGGAGCAGAACUUUCAGCAAAGAAAUUUGUUGUUGAAUGACCCAUGGAAGUGGUUACUCACUGAAUUUGCAUCAUAUUACGGGGUUUCCGAUGCUUACACAAAGCUAAGAUACCUCUCCUACAUCAUGGACGUUGCAACUCCAACAAAUGAUUGUCUCUCAUUAGUAUACGACUUGUUGUUGCCUGUUAUAAUGAAGGGACAUACUAAGAGCACCCUCAGUCAUCAAGAGAAUAGAAUAUUGGGUGAGAUUGAAGAGCAAAUUGAACAGAUUUUUGCUGUUGUUUUUGAGAACUACAAGUCCUUGGACGAGGCGUCUCCAUCUGGCAUCAUGGAUGUUUUUAGGCCGGCUACUGGGGUUGCAGCACCGGUUUUGGAACCUGCUGUGAAACUGUAUAAACUUCUUCAUGAUAUAUUAUCUCCCGAGGCACAAAAUAAAUUAUACAGCUACUUCCAGGCUGCUUCCAAGAAAAGAUCAAGAAGGCACUUGGCUGAUACCGAUGAAUAUCUUAGUACCAAUGGGGAAGGAAAUUUGAUGGAUCCUGUUAACGUCUCUACAGCCUAUCAGAAAAUGAAAUCCCUUUGUCUAAACAUCAGGAAUGAGAUUUUUACAGAUAUAGAGAUUCACAAUUGCAAUGUACUUCCAAGCUUCAUUGACCUACCAAAUCUUUCAUCUGCAAUAUACAAUGCUGAACUGUGCAGCAGAUUACGAUCCUUCCUUGUUGCCUGCCCUCCAGAAGGUCCUUCUCGUCAUGUUACAGAUCUUGUAAUUGCAACAGCAGAUUUCCAAAAGGAUCUUGCAACCUGGAAUAUCAAUCCCGUUAAAGGUGGGGUUGAUGCAAAAGAACUGUUCCAUUUGUAUAUCAUCAUUUGGAUUCAAGAUAAGCGCUUAUCAUUGCUUGAGACGUGUAAACUAGACAAGGUAAAAUGGUGUGGAGUCGGGACGCAACAUUCAACAACCCCGUUUGUGGAUGAAAUGUAUGACCGUCUUAAAGAAACAUUAAAUGAUUAUGAGGUCAUAAUAUGCCGAUGGCCGGAGUAUACCUUUGUUUUGGAGAAUGCCAUUGCGGACAUUGAAAAGGCGGUAAUCGAGUCUCUGGACAAACAAUACGCGGAUGUUGUUGCACCUUUAAAAGAGAACCUAACGCCAAAGAAGUUUGGCUUGAAGUAUGUCCAAAUGCUUGCCAAGCGAACCACGAAUCCUUAUGUGGUGCCUCCAGAGCUUGGCAUUCUCUUAAACUCGAUGAAGCGUAUGUUAGAUGUUUUGCGUCCCAAGAUUGAACUUCAAUUGAGGUCGUGGGGUUCAUGUUGCAUUCCGGAUGAAGGAAAUACCGCAGCCGGAGAGCGUUUAAGCGAAGUGACGGUGAUGCUUAGAUCAAAGUUCCGAAACUAUCUUCAAGCAGUUGUUGAGAAACUUGUUGAGAAUACAAGGCUUCAAAGUAGUACAAGACUAAAGAAAAUUAUUCAAGAUUCAAAGGAAAGUGUGUCAGAAUCCGAGAUUCGAAGCAGAAUGCAACCGCUAACUGAGCAGCUUACGAACACUGUGACUCAUCUCCACACCAUCUUCGAGACUCACGUUUUCAUCGCAACAUGUCGUGGAUACUGGGAUCGGAUGGGACAGGAUAUUUUAAAUUUCCUUGAGAACAGGAAAGAAAACAGAUCAUUGUACAAAGGCUCAAGAGUUGCUGUAUCUAUUUUGGAUGAUACAUUUGCAUCCCAAAUGCAAAAACUGCUUGGCCAUGCACUUCAAGAGAAAGACCUUGAACCACCAAGAUCCAUCAUCGAACUCCGCUCGAUGCUCUGCAAAGACACCGGCACUUCUAGCCACAAAAAGAACACUUACUUCUAUUAGAAAUCAUUCUUGUCGUAAAUAAGCAGAAAAUCAAUGAUGCAUCACAUCUGAUCAUCAUGGCCAUCCAUCCCAUCAACACAACGGAAAAAGGUGGUCAACCUCGGCUGCACCCACUUCGGUUUUGUGUCGUUUGAGGUCAUAAAAUUCAUUCGGUUCUUGACAUUUAACGAGUACAGAAAUAGGCUAGUUUGCUUGAUAUAUUAUCCAUGUACAAGGUCCAUGUCUUCAAUGCAUUGGAUUUAAAUCUGUACAACAAUGUUCGUGGAAAGAUCAAUCUUAAA